UUAUUUCGUAAAUUUAAUCCUAUUUGCAUUUCUACCAAUUAUUUUACCAAUUUAUUUCGGUUUUAAAAUAUUUAAAAAUGGUCGCCAACGAACUGUUCCUCGUCGUAUAUCUGUCAUUAGUAAACGGGGUGUUGAUAUUCGUCAACGUAUUGAAAAACAAGUGACAACAAUGUUACUAUUACAAAUAUGUGUUGAAUGUUUAACCACUAUACCACUUACAGUACAAAUAAUCUACUCAAAUAUUACGAUGGAUAUAGAAACGGAGGUAUUACGUUUAACAAAAGAAAAUAUAUGUGCAACAAUUACUCGUGUUAAUGAAACUCGAUAG